GACCUUCAGCCAUUAAUAUAUUUUCGGACAUACGACGCGAACCCUACGAUUCGGUAAGCUUUGUCGUGUCUUUGCGAGCUUCUUGUUAGUCUAGAUCCACUUAAGUGUUAAGCAGAGGAAUUCCAGUCCCACGAUCCAAGAUGUCAGGGAAGCAGGAUGAAGAGAAGGAGCGGGAGGGGUACUCCAUCCACAACCCCGGGAACCCCGACUUCCAGCGCCGCAUGGCAUCAGCCUUCGGCAACCUGGAGCAGCUGAACCCCGGGGCUCGUCCCCAGGAACCACGGGACACCCGCGGCGGUAACCCCUGGCAACGGCCGCCGGUCCCCGACUAUGUGGUCAAUCCCAACAGGUGGACACGAUACAGCCUUCAGGAAGAAGAAGAUCUGAAUGACCAGAGUAACAGGUCUGCAGCGCUGGACUUCCUGGCGGAACUCCGCAGACGGCGCAACGACGAGCAGCCUCGCAACAUCUUUGACGACUCCGACUCAAAAGACGAGGAAGAAGAAGAAGAAGAGGAAGAAGAAGAUGAGGAGGAGGAGAAAGAUGAUGGGGAAAGGAAGAAAGAAGGGGAGGAGAAGAAGGAAGAGAAGAAAGGAACUGCCAAACAGUAUCCUCCGAAGUCGUCCAGUAGAUCAUGGGAUCCUGAAGGGAGAGUUGGUCGACACACCCUCCCCCCACCUCCACCAAUGAUGUUGAUAAACCCGCCGCUCAGCGUCCACUCCUCCCUGUCCAAGCGUCCGAUGCAGAGCGUUCCCCUCCCCAAGACCUCUGGUAGUGCAGCUCUCCCCAAGGCUGAGGUCAGACCCUCGGUGGGUAACACCGCCGACACCGCCUACUUCAGACCCACCUUCCAGCCCAGAUGGAACCGCACCGCAGACCUGGGGGGGACGACAGAAGCGGGAACAGCCACCGUCCCGCCGGACAACGGGAACAAACCGGACAGCGCGGCUCGCUGGAUGGGCGGGACGUACACCAUGCCAGAGUACAGAGUGGGUCAGAAGAGGAAGGCGUCUCGACCCGUGAGGCAGUCAGCAGAAGGCGGCGCUCACAAAGAUCAGCCUCAGCCUGCCGCUAUGGCGCUCCAACAUCUGCAGUGGUACGACGAUGAUGAUGAUGAGGAAGAUGAUGAUGCAGUGCCCACUGGUGUAUCAUGGGAAGCCUCGGCGGAAAGGCCGUCUGAAGAUACCUCCUCACACACAGCAAAGAAGGCCAAGAAGGACAUUCGCCCGCGUCAGGACGACUAGCGCAGGGAACUUUUGAACCUUAGGAACCUUAGUGUGAAGACGAGCUUAUACUGCUGCCCACACGACUCCCACAAUCUCAGUAGAGAAUCUACCAGCUCAGUAUUACAUUAUACUAGUACUACAUACAAUAAAACCUUACAUAGCAAAAUGUCAAAAUGACCAAGGAGGUCACACACAGAUAGUUGACCAUACUUGCAUACAUGUGCAUUUUCAUUGAUUUGAUGUGUUGCCUUUGUGUUUUUUGGUAAUGACAUGUAGGUAGUUUUUGUACAGGUAUGUAUAUAUAUGUAGUCUAGAAAUUGCAACUCUAGAAAUACUGUUAUUCUUGUGUUCCAGUUUUAAGGAACGAAUGCAAUUAUUAUGUAAGUUUGACUUUGAAGCAUGAUAGAGAAUUUCAUUGUGUAUA